UUUCAACACACAUCUAGACUGACAAGAACCUGAGUGUGUGUGAUGGUGGUGUGUCGAAGCUACCUUCUCUAAUACUCGUUUUUCAUCCUUUUACUUACCAGUUUGACUCAUUACAAGAGCUGCUAUAGCAAGCGGGAAAAAAUAUGGACAUAGACAUGCGAAUGUAGAAUCAUGAAACUAUCUACCUUGACGUAUUAAGAUCCUCGAACACAGAGUAUAAUCCAGAGUGUGGAGGAUCCUGUAGGAGUGUGGUGGAUCCCGUAGAAGUGUGGAGGAUCCUGUAGGAGCCUGCAGUAGUGUAGAGGUGAUGCAGGAUGACCGUGGGGGUGCAACACGAGCAGCCGGGAGAGAGGAGGAUGCGCAGCAAGAUGCUAUGUGUCUACCCAGAGAGGAAGAUCACCUACUCCUUCCUCCAGUAUUAUGACGCUGGGAUGGGUAACCCGGUACAGGACCCAGCGUUCAACGUCAUCCCCAAGAACUCCACCUGCUUCAUUAUCUGGCGGGUCGAGGAGCUGGAGUUGGUACCACUGAAGCGUGAUGACUACGGCAAGUUCCACCAGGGUGACUCCUACGUCAUCCUCUCAGUCUCUGAGGUGGACAAGCCAGCUGGCAUGGAUGACCUGCCGCAUCCGCCACGUGGACCGCUGGAUAUCCAUAUUCACUUCUGGCUGGGGUCACAGACGAGCACAGACGAGGCUGGGGUGGCUGCCAUCAAGACAGUGGAGCUGGACAACAUGUUGGGAGGAGGACCUGUCCAACACCGUGAGACAGAGGGAUGGGAGAGCAAGAGGAUGCUAUCUUACUUCAAGAAUGGCAUCAGGGUGCUGCAUGGUGGAGUUGCGUCCGGCCUGACACACGUCACUGACGACUUCCAGCCUUCCCUCUACCAUGUCAAGGGCAAGAGGACCACAGUCGUCAAGCAGCUACAUAAGAUAUGCUGGACAGUAAUGAACGAUGGUGAUGUGUACGUCCUUGACACCAAGAACAUUAUCUAUGUGUGGACCGGACGCAACAGCAACAAUAUGGAGAAGCUACAGGGUGCUAAGUUUGCGUCUACACUGAAGCAGGAGCACGGUGGUAGCCAGGUGGUGGUGGUGGAGGACGGCCUAGAGAGUGCGCUACAAGACAUGGAGAGAACCAUCUUUGAGAAGUUCUUACCCCUCAAUAACAAGCAGGUCAUCCCUGCGUCGGAGGCACCUAAAGAUGAAGCUGUGGUCCGGCGUAUGUGUCAGGAGAUGAAACUGUACCGCUGUUGUGAUGAGUCUGGCACACUCAAGGUGAUAGAGGUGAAGAAUGGUCCACUCUCGCAGUCAGACCUCGACUCCAAGGACUCCUUCAUUGUGGACAACGGGCAGGAUGGCAUCUGGGUGUGGGUAGGCAAGAAAGCCACACGCAAGGAGAGGGAGGAGGCCUUGAGGAACGCUCAGGGAUUCCUUACUAAAAAGGGAUACCCGCCAAGCACACAGGUGUCGAGGGUAGUGGAUAACGGUGAGCCGCCCGAGUUCAAGACGCUCUUCAAGGACUGGCGGGACAAGGAGCAGAGUAAAGCCUUCGGUCGACAAGCUUCCACCACCAAGAUAGCCACCACCGUCCAGACUAAGUUCGACGCCAGUUCUCUGCACUCCAAACCUGAGCUCGCUGCCAAGACGCAGAUGGUAGAUGAUGGCAGCGGUCAGAAGGAAGUGUGGAGAGUGAAUAACUUCGAGCUGGAGGCAGUACCAGAAGAACAGUACGGGGAGUUCUUCAUGGGUGACUGCUACAUCGUCCUCUACGCCUACCUUCACGGCAGCACUGAACACUACAUACUCUACUACUGGAUCGGUAACGACGCGAGUCAGGACGAGGCGGGGACGGCCGCUCUGAAGGCAGUGGAGCUGGAUGACAAGUUGCACGGCCGAGCCGUGCAAGUGAGGGUGGUUCAGGAGAAGGAACCUCCACACUUCAUGGCCAUCUUCGGUGGCCAGAUGGUCGUCUUCGAAGGUGGCUACGCUUCCUCAUUUGAUGGUGCUGGGGCACGCAACGAGGGUCGCAAGUCCUCGUACAUGCUGCAGGUUCGCGCCACCGCUGGCCUCUACACCAAGGCUGUUGAGGUGGACAUGCGGGCCGGGUGCCUGAACUCCAACGACUGUUUCAUCGUGACGACGCCACUACUGACGUACGUGUGGUGCGGCAAGGGAUCCACCGGUGACGAGCGGGAGAUGGCUAAGACUCUGUCCUCCAAAAGGGGCGAGACUGUUAUCGUUUCAGAGGGUCAUGAAAAGGAGGACUUCUGGAAGGCGCUGGGAGGAAAGGAAGCAUAUGCCAGCUCGGCCAGACUAAGAGAGGAGAUCCCCACCCAUUUACCAAGACUCUUCCACUGUUCCAACGCCACUGGUGUCUUCAAAGCGGAGGAGGUGAUCAACUUCUCUCAGGCUGACCUCUUGGAGGAUGACCUGAUGCUCCUGGACACCUGGGAUACCAUCUUCAUCUGGAUUGGUCAAAAGUCCAACAAGGAGGAGCAGAGGGCUGCGGACUCCAUGACCAUUGAGUAUUUGAGAACAGACCCAGCUGGCCGCGGCAAGGACACCACCAUCAUCAAAAUCAAACAGGGGUUCGAGCCACCCAAUUUUACAGGAUUUUUCGGCAUAUGGGACAACGACCUCUGGAACGAUAACAUGACGUACGCAGAUAUCUGCGAGCGGCUGGAGGAGGCAUGCCCAGGAGCCACCGUGCUUGUCACCUCAUCCUCGUCCAGUGGGACUUCAGGCAGACGAACCUACCCUCUGGCUACUCUCCGGGAGAAGGACCCAGAAAAGUUGCCACCCGAAGUGGAUCCCGUUCAUAAAGAGGACUUCCUGAGUGACGGAGACUUCAAGACAGUGUUUGGGGUCGACCGAAACGAGUUCGAAUCUAUUCCGCAGUGGAAGAAAAACAAUCUGAAGAAGAAAGCUGGACUGUUCUAAACACUGACGUAACUAACACCACUGGGAUGAUGCAAGAUGGAGAAGAAACGUCUGCCUUGCAUUGUGAACGGUAUAAGUCAAAAUUAUGCACAAAAUAAGUUUCAGGAAACACAAUAACAGUUAUAUAUAUAUAUAUAUAUAUAUAUAUAAUUUUAUAUAUAUAUAUAUAUAUAUAUAUACAUGUAUAUGUAUGUAUAUAUGUAUAUAUAUGUAUAUAUUCUCUCACUAUUUCAGUGCAUGUUAUAAACCUGCGAAGUAAAUUUAAAAGUAUACUCACUAUGCACUGACCGUAAUCACUACUUCAAAACAAAAACAUCAUGCAUAAUUCCACGCGAAUGAUUCGUUAGAAUUUAUACACAAGACAGUAUUGUUUAAGAAAUGAGCAGUGGAAGACGUCCAGGAUAAGACUAGACUUGUUGCUGUCAAGGACUCAGCUCACGUUCAUUCAUACAAUGUUCAUUAUAGACCAUCAUCAGAGUAUUUUUCCUGGUAAAUUGACGACAUCAAAUUAGGCCACUAGCGUAAUACAACUCACUGUCCUUUAUCCUGUAAUAUCACAAGAUUGUAUAUUUAAUAUGUUUUCGAAUGGCUUUGUUGACUAUGGCCAUGAUUUCAAAUCUUGUUUCUUGAACUGAAGAAGUAUGAUGAAGCUUUGUAUUAAAAAUAUUAUUGAUAUGCUGUAUUUGUAUUCCGGAAAUUGAGGUCACAUAUUAUAAUACUAAUAACUAAAAAUUAUUUUCAUUUUAAGAAAACGAGACCCAAGUCAUGGAUGCUUCACUGGCUUGUCCAAGUAUAAAAGAGACUGAAUAGGCAAUUUUAGUAGAGUCCCCCCAACCCGCCUUCAAGUGUUCCAUCUUCAAGUACUCAUUCAAAAGUGAAAUCUUUUCUUUAAGUUCUUGCUGUGUCAUUAGUGAUAUGCCACUUAAUACUGUAGUAGUGUCAUUUCUGUUGGUCGUACUCCACGUUUUUUUUUUUUCAUUUAAAUUUGAUAUGGGACAACAAGACUGGAGUGAGCCGACCACUAGGGAAGGAUCGGUAGCAUCCCGUUUCGUCUAUCCCAUUUAGUCUACUUUCUAUUUGGUCUACUUAUUAUCACUUCUAAAAAUGGCUGUCAGAUUUGGUUAAGUUAGGUUAGAGUAUUCGACAGCUGAGCAUCUAAGACUUUAUACCUCAUCAUGACCAUUUUUACAUUAUAGCGUGUAAAACAACUUUCAGAGAUCGUUAGUUGAUAGUAUACACAACGGGAUUGUAUGACAUUUUCAGAGGAGAUAUCAUUUGAUUUCAGGUGUAGAUGAAAUUGAAAUUUGGCAGUAGACAAUAUGGAAGUGGCCCGAACGAGCAUAAGCGGGUUCAGGCUCCUUGUGGUCCUAAACUUAAUUGGAAAUCUUUUUCCAGAGACCCCUCUGUAUAUGUCAUGUUGCGUUUACUUUAUGUUUGUGAUUCAUGUUAUGAUCACGAAGAAUGGUGUAAAUAAAAUGAUAACCAAAUAUA